UACAUUUUAUUCAAUCAAGCAUUUGAUGGUAUUAGGAAUUUAUAGGUGUUCAUCAACAUUUUUUCGUCACUACAAAUAAAAUAGGACGACAAAAAAAGCGUUAAAAUAGAAAAAUAUAGUACAACGUUCAAUUGACGCUGAAUUAAUUUAAAUGCAAUUAACUUACUGCCUACAAGUGACCAAAUUCAUCACUUUGUGAAUCAAUACGGGUGUUUGCCAAGGAUAGAAAGAUCGCAUAUGAAAUAAAACCGGCACUAAAAUUGCGUAAGAUAUUCGGGCAAGUGGUAAUUCAUUGAUUUUCCGGAUGAUCACAAACUUUCGACGUUUCCGAAGACGUUGCCACAUUAUUUCAAUCGUGCAUGCAAUGGCGUAUGUCAAAAAUGGCAUUUGUGGAUAAAAAUAAAAGAAAACACCAGCAAAAAAAGCAGCCAUAUAAUUUGAAGACUUUGAUUCAAAACCAUAGAGCCGAUUGAACAUGCAGAAAUGUUUUGAUUGAGCUUGAGAAAACAACUUUCAGAGCUGUAAAAAUGACAACGCACUCAAAAUACUUUUAUCCAGCUGCCAAGCAUCUUCGUUGCGAUGAAGUAAUUCACAUCGGUAAAAAUUGCUGGGAAUCAACGAUUUGGAAUUUCACCGGGACAAUUCUCAGUUGCGUAAAAUUCGUUCUACCGUUGGCUUUGAUUCCAAUCAUCAUGAAAAUUAGAAAUUUGAACAAGGACGUUUUUAUGCAAAGUUUCCGCAUUUUUGUCGAUUUUUUCUUCGGUGCUUGGCUUGUUAGUGGUUUGGGAUUAUCGUCAAUUUGUUUAUUUAGAAGAAUAUGUGGAGUUUUUUACUAUUAUACAGUAUUGGCGGUUCCGGCUGGGUUGGGUGCAUUCAUCAGUUCAUGGAUAAUUAGUGAACGUGCCAAACACCAUUAUGCUCAUGGUCUAUCUACUGUUGCAUUUCAAGUAUCAAUCACACGUGGAGAUUUUUACAUAUUCAAAUUGUUACGUAACUCUCGACUGGCUAUAACAAUUGCAUUUAUGGCAUUAAAUGCAACAUUAAUGCAUGGUCUACGUGAAAAUCAUACCGGUCGAUUUUAUUGGUUGACACAACCGUUAAAAUCGAAAACCGAAUACCAUGAAUUCUAUGAAGAGAGUGCGGUAAUGGAUAAAAUAUCGCCCAUUGUUCGUUCACAAAUUAAGUGUUGUGCACACGAAGAUAGCUGUGACACAUUCAUUUUUAAUGGUAUCAAAAAGUUUUUCAAAUUUGGUGUUGGUUUGGAAAUUGCUCGACACCUUAUCUACAAUUAUAGCCGCAUACUACGGAAUCCAUUGAUAAUUUUCAAUGUAUUUUUCAAACAAUUAAACUGGAAUUUGGUAUUAUUUUUGGUUGGAUACGUUGGUGUCUACAGAUUUAUCUAUUGCUGGCGUAGUCGUCGUAAUAUCUAUUUGUGUGAAGAAACGUCAAAGAAAGAUAAUCAAUUAGCAUCUUUGAUGUCUGGUCUAGUUUUCUAUCUAUAUCCGGAUCAAUCCAUUUUCUCUCAUACCGUCAUAACAAUCAUUGAAAUUUAUUGGACACAUUAUUAUGAACAAAUCAAAACAUUUUUGAAAUGGAUACCAUUGGAAAAAAUCAACAUGAUUCAUGUUGUAUUUCCGCUUGUAUUUGGUUACGUUACGCAUAUUCGAACGUUUUACCCGUACUUGGCACCGGCAAUUCAGAAAAAACUCAUGCAUUUGUCAACAAAUUACAAAGAUGCAGCUAUAUUUACCGCUUAUCACAAGUUUUUAUUCGGACUGACUCCUCAAUUUUUAUUAUAAGCAUUUUAUUGUAACAAAUACUACGUCAGUGAAAUUGAAAGCAUUUAAAAUAAAACAACAACAAUAAA